CUUAGCCUUGGGAAUUGUAUGACCUUACUCAGCGGGCGGUAUUUCGAAUGAACGGCGUCUUCUGUGGAGACACCGGUGAAUCCUGGCAUUCGUGCUUACAGAAGUGUGGAGAAAAUCACGUCUACCAGUAGUUAAUGGAAUCUUUUGUUACUACGUCUUUCGGCUUCAAGCACUGCCUACGCUUGUCACGCUCUCAAAUUAAGGCCAUUCGACAAGCAUUUUACAAUGCCGCUGCUUUUAUAAUUCUUUCUUUCAUAUGCGUUGCCAUUCUGGCAGUUUAUUAUACUCUCCAGGUUUUUAUCAGACCUCUUCUAUGGGCUGUUCUAUGUGGGACGGUGUUAUAUCCAUUCAAAAGUUCGUUAACUGAUGUUAUUCGGGGAUGGGUUAGGCGUGUUGAUGCAGAAGACCAGUUACUUUUAGUGGAGACUGUUGUUGUGCCGUUCCGAGUUUCUAAUGCUCUCUGCUCCAUAUUAAUCAAAAAAAUGUCUGAUCACUGGAAUUUACUCAAAACAUCUCUGUUUCUUCUCCUUGCUUUUAACAUUUCCUCCUACUUUGAUUUUUUUUGGCUCCCUGGAUUAUCCAUACGGAUCUCUUACUUCUUAAUAUCAUUUAUUGAUUUCGUCUUAGAAUUGACAUCGUUCAAGUUAGUAAGUUCAACUCAGUUUCCUAGAUUUACAGGUCAUUACUCUAGGUAUUAUCUACGGCAUAAUUACUUUGGUAAAACCAUUCAAUUUCCACUUCGUGUACAGUGUGUCACACUUUUUCUGGCUUUCAUUGCUGUUGUGGUGUACAUCGUUUGGUGGGGUUCUAAGGGUACCCGUGUUUUUCUUUUCUGUUGCAGUCUUGAUAAUUGGGUAUUGUGGUUUCACUGAGGAAGCUGAUUGCAGUUGUCAAGGUCAGAUAUUUACAUCCUCAUUCGGGAUAAUAUAAAAUUUGCUUACAUUUUUCCUCAAGCCUUUAGAUUUAUGUUUUAGACUUUGCUAAGUAUGUGUGAUUUAGUUGCACUUACAUUUAGUUCAGUGGUACUUUUUCAUCUGUGCAAUUUUGUUUGCAGCUGUUAUUUCAUGUUGAGUUUGAAAGUCUAUUAUUUAUUUGCUUAAACACAUAACCAUUGGUAUAAAGAGACACUAAAUAUAUGUGCUUCACACUUCAUCCUAAGAUUUGUGUGAGGACUAGGAUACUGCUCAGGCGCUCAGACCGAGGCAGGUGGUUUUCUAUGGAGGCCACUUCCAGAGCCCCUGACCUCGAGGUCUGGUCCACAAACCAGUGGAGCAACUUUAAGGGAUGUAGUCACAUAGGUAAUGAUUACUGUAAACAGUUCGGUAACAAAUAAUGAGAUUCUUAUUGUGUAAAGUACUGUAGUUAGUCCAAAAAGUUAUCUUGAAACUAUCAAAAACAUAACAGUCACAACUGAAUCAGCAAGUAAGAGAAAGCGAGUGGUAUGAGUACACGAAUAAUCUAAUAAUUAUAAUUUUGAAUGUAGAUUGGUGUAUCCAGUACUUUGGUUUGUCAAUAAAUAGAUUUCUCCUUUCAAAAUUCUCCAAGCAGCUGAAUAUGUUCAGUAAGUCUACUAGGUGUAUAAGUAUUAACAGAAACGUGUUCUCAUGAUAUGUUGACGUUAUUUCACUUUCCAAGGCUCAGUUAACAUCAUAUUUCAGUAGUCGACUUGUUAUUUGGGAUUGUCUACUAAUUUUUGACUUUUGUUGUUUGCAGAACGGUGGGCUUCUUGCCAUGCUGUUACUGCAUUAGAUGGGGGAUCUUCCGAGUUAAUUAGGAGUGCGGUUUCCUGUGACACACUGGCAGAAGUUAGUACGGAAUUCAGUAAGCCUUUCGAGGGUUCUACUCAAAUACAACAAAGUCAAACAAAGGUGGAAGGACAACAGCGUCAAACUGGUCUUCCUCUAAGAUGGUCGCAGUUUCUGAGGCAAGCUUUCCUUCCAGUACCGACAGGAUCAUCCUACGGGUUUGAUCCAGUUAGCGAGCUCCGAGCUUUCAUGUCUGAGCAGUUGUGUUUAUCUUCCGCAAAAUCAUGGAGUGCAAUAUUGGAAGGAAAAGGGUUUCUUGUGAGAGGUAAUUCCCUUCCUAGAUCGGGAAACAUCUUUGACGCAGCUUAUACAAACAAUACUUGCUAUUCUGACGAUUCAUUUGUCAAUCGCUGUUUUCUUGCAUUAUUUUGGGCUCAUUUUCUCGUCGCUAUUUGGCUUUAUCAAUGGCCAUUAUAUCUGAUUUGUUUUAUCUUAAUUUUCUUUGGGAUUUUUCGUCUAUCACUUUGUUUAAAAUUGCAAGAACUAUCACAUUGGGUUCUUUGUAAACUGAACAGUCUACUACAGACCAUUACUCCGACUUUGACCAUGGAACAAAGAAAAGCUUAUUUAAAGUCAGUCAUCCCCAGGCCUGUGCACGGAUUACUUACACUAUUGGGAUAUUGCGAUAGAAAACUUUGUCGUUACUUGGACUCAUGGGUAGACAGUGUAGUCAGUCUUUUUAUUCUUGUCUUCUUUAUUUUCACUUUUUGUCUACUGACAAUGUUUUUAGCGUUUCAGAUUCACAAUGAAAGUAUUCAUUUGGUAUCCCUAACAAGUGAUUUUAUCAAUAAAGCACUGAACAGUGAAGAAUAUAGUUGGCUUCCUAAAAUGGAACAAGUUGAUGGGAUGUUUAGUGUUUUAGUUACAAAUGCUUAUCAAGCUGGACGGAGUUGGAUAUCCGAUAAGAUCAACGAACUUUUCGAAGCAGAUCCAAACUCAAAAGCAAUAUUAAAAGAACAUCUUCUAUAUUUGUGGGAGAAUAUUUAUAAUUCUUUUAUCAAUCAGCCAAUGGACACUACAUCGAUGACUAAUCAGUCAGUCGUUAAUAAUCACACUUUAUCAUUCUUGUUGCAUAAACAUAUAAAUUCCAAUGCUAUUACUCCACAUGGGCUUGGAAGAAUGUCAUUCAAUCGAUUUUUUAUUAAUACUACUUGGAUAUUUAAUCGCCACGCUUUAAGUUCAUUGUUUGUAAUUUUCAAACAGAAUUUGGGCACAUUUGCAACUAUCACAGAAUCAUUAUGGAGUUUGAUGCGUAGUAAUGUGAAUUUAAUUGCUCAGUUAAUAACAACUUUAAUUUCAUUGAUAAUGAGUGGUGGGCAUGUGGCAAUGAAUUUUAUGAUUGCUUUUCUCAUUUUUCUAACAGUUCUGUAUUACGUAUUAGCUGCCAGUGGAUCGUGUUAUCUCCCUGUCGCUUUUAUUUCUUCAUUAACACCAACUUUUACUGGAACUAACUCAUUAAUUGCACAUUUGUAUUCAACUGUGGAAUCAGCCAUUAGUGGAGUAUUUGUUGCAACAUUAAAACUGGCUUUAUUUUAUGGUUUAUAUACAUCACUUACUCAUAUUAUAUUUGGAUUAGAUCUUGUAAUAAUUCCAUCUGUAUUGGCUGCUAUAUUAGGUGCUGUCCCAAUUAUCGGCACAUAUUGGGCUGUUCUACCUGGUGCAAUCGAAAUUAUUAUAAUUCGUCAGUCAUUAUCUCAAGCUGGUCUCCUCAUACUUUUCCAUGUAUUACCGACCUAUGUCGUUGAUGUUUCAGUUUAUAGAGAAAUUAAAGGCGCGGGUCAUCCUUAUUUUACCGGUUUGGCGAUUGCUGGUGGAAUAUACUGUCAAGGUCCUGAAGGUGCCAUAAUUGGUCCUAUUUUACUAUGUUGUUUUUUGGUUGGGAUAAAUAUGUUUCGAUGGGCGAUGGAUUCUAGUAAAAAUGCUUUGGCUGCCGAUCAAUGUGAAUAUAGCUCUCACUACUCGCCUCCUAACUCGCCAACUACAGUGCAUACUUAUAAAGCUUAUAACUCAUCAGUUACUUCCGAUCGUUUCCACGAUGUAAACUCAUUUAACAAGUAUUCCAACCCAUCUACAAAGUUUCGUAGACCAAUCUUCAAACGAAGACCAAAAUACCGGUUUAAUAAAAAUUCAUUUUCUAUGCCAGACAUUUCGGACAUAUCUGAUGAGUCAUUUCAAACUCCACAAAUUAAACCUCACACAACAAAGGAGUUGAUCUACCAGGAGAUUCACUUGUUGACUCAGAAUACGCAGAUAAUAUAGUUCUGUUCGUUAACGAUGCUGACAUAAUACAGUCUUCUGACCACUCUAAGCAACAAUGCAAGUGUGUUUGGGAUGCGGUUCUCUCCCUCCGAAUACGAAAUGUUGCUUAAUGGUUGGCUUGAGUCAUUGCCUGAAUUAACGAUAAGGAGUGAGGUAGUUAAACGUAUCUACCGCUUCACUUAUUUUGGGAGUCUGAUAAGUAGUGAUGGUCUGGUGUCUGACGAAAUCUCGGCACGGAUUCAGAAGGCUCUAUCGGCUUUUUCCAAAUUGCGUCACUUAUGGGUUGAAUUCACCUGUAUCAAGUAUACAUUUUGCUGCACAUUCAUCAACUCCUGCACAUACAUAUAUACCUUGAUUUAAAUAACUAAUUCACUGAUCAAACCAAAACAUUCGUAUGUUUGUUUUGUCAGAAGAAAGAAAAUGUCUGUCUGUUUGUGUUAAAUUCCUUCUCAAUAUUUCUGGAGGUCUAUUUACCUUUAUAUUUAUAUAUAAAAAACAUAUGCAACGGAGAUGAUCGAUAGUGCUUUAACUCUGAUUUGAUCUUCUCUGUCAGUUCAUUUUAUCGAGUGAAUAUUCAUCUCAUUCACUGUUAUUUUCCCUCAUCUUGACGUUGUUCAAAAAACACUCAUGAUAUAUAUAUAUAUAUAUAUAUAU